CACUGUCAUUCAAGCGACCCCAACCCAACUUUGAUCUCUCUCUCUUUCGCUCUGAAUUGUAAUCUCAAAAGGCUGAAAAGUUGUAUUGAGAGAGAGAAAAGAAAAAACAGACACAUACAGCAAUAAUUCCCACUUUUCUUUUUCCAACUAUCUUCUAUAUCUUUCUUUAUUGCCAGCUCUGCGGCCCUGUCCUUCCCCCAUUCCGCUUUCUUGCAUUUCCUAAUCAUUUCUCUCUCCUCCACCCUUCAUCUUCACAGGGUGCGAGAGAUCUCCGGGCAGUGAAUUCUUGUGCCAUAUCCUGAUUUCUGAGACGACAAUUCAAACACUCAGAUUCUCUUGCAACUAAAGAAAUAGUAGCAGAGAAAUAUUCUCCAAUGUCUAGCUCUGCCAAAGUCUUGGAUCCUGCAUUUCAGGCAGUUGGACAGAGAAUUGGGACAGAAAUCUGGCGAAUUGAGAACUUUCAGCCUGUUCCGUUGCCAAAGUCAGAUUAUGGGAAAUUUUACAUGGGGGAUAGUUACAUAAUAUUGCAGACAACACAAGGCAAAGGUGGUUCUUUCCUCUAUGAUAUACACUUCUGGAUUGGAAGAGAUACUAGUCAGGAUGAAGCAGGAACUGCAGCUAUUAAAACUGUGGAGCUUGAUGCUUCUCUUGGAGGACGUGCAGUGCAACAUAGAGAAAUUCAAGGCCACGAAUCAGAAAAAUUCUUGUCAUACUUCAAACCUUGUAUCAUACCAUUGGAGGGAGGUGUUGCAUCUGGAUUUAAGAAACCUGAGGAAGAACAAUUUGAAACACGGUUGUAUGUUUGUAGAGGAAAGCGAGUUGUCCGAAUGAAGCAGGUUCCUUUUGCUCGUUCAUCACUAAAUCAUGAUGAUGUGUUCAUCUUAGAUACCGAGGGCAAGAUAUUUCAGUUCAAUGGUGCGAAUUCUAAUAUCCAGGAGAGGGCAAAAGCUUUGGAAGUGGUCCAAUUCUUGAAGGAUAAAAAUCAUGAGGGGAAGUGCAAUGUUGCAAUUGUUGAUGAUGGGAAGUUGGAUACUGAGUCUGACUCCGGUGAAUUUUGGGUCCUAUUCGGUGGCUUUGCACCCAUUGGGAAGAAAGUCGCAAGUGAAGAUGAUGUAAUUCCAGAAUCUGCUCCUGCUAAGCUUCUCAGCAUUGAUGGUGGUGAAGUAAAAGUUGUUGAUGGUGAACUAUCAAAAUCCAUACUGGAAAAUAAUAAGUGUUAUCUGCUGGACUGUGGUGCUGAAAUAUUUGUUUGGGUUGGAAGAGUGACGCAAGUAGAGGAGCGAAAAGCAGCAAUUCAAGUAGCCGAGGAAUUUAUUGCCAGCCAGAAUAGGCCAAAGGUAACUCGUGUGACUCGGGUUAUACAAGGCUAUGGAACACAUUCUUUUAAGUCCAACUUCGAGUCCUGGCCAGUUGGAUCAGUGACUACAGGUGCUGAGGAAGGAAGAGGAAAAGUAGCUGCUCUAUUGAAGCAACAAGGUCUCGGUCUCAAGGGAUUAACAAAAAGUGCACCAGUGAAUGAGGAAGUUCCACCGUUGCUGGAGGGAGGCGAGAAAAUUGAGUUAUGGCGAAUCAAUGGCAGUGCCAAAACUCCAUUGCUUGCAGAGGAUAUUGGUAAAUUUUAUAGUGGAGACUGCUACAUCAUUCUUUACACCUACCACUCUGGUGAGAGGAAAGAAGAUUAUUUCUUGUGCUCUUGGUUUGGAAAGGAUAGCAUCGAGGAAGAUCAAAAGAUGGCUACACGGUUGACGAAUACAAUGUCCAAUUCGCUGAAAGGGAGGCCUGUUCAGGGUCGCAUAUUUCAAGGCAAAGAGCCACCCCAAUUUAUUGCCCUUUUUCAACCUUUUGUGGUCCUCAAGGGUGGCUUGAGCUCUGGUUACAAGAAACUCAUAGCAGAUAAAGCUUUGGCUGAUGAAACUUACACGGAAGAUUCUGUUGCCCUUAUUAGGAUAUCACAAACAUCCAUUCAUAAUAAUAAAGCAGUGCAAGUUGAAGCUGUUACAACCUCAUUGAACUCUACUGAGUGUUUUGUCCUGCAAUCCGGCUCUUCUGUUUUCUCUUGGCAUGGAAACCAAAGUACAUUCGAGCAGCAACAGUUAGCUGCAAAAGUUGCAGAGUUUCUAAGGCCAGGUGUUACUUUGAAACAUGCAAAGGAAGGAACAGAGAGUUCAACCUUCUGGUUUGCACUUGGAGGAAAACAAAGUUACAACAGUAAAAAAGUAUCUCAGGAUAUUAUCAGGGAUCCCCACUUGUAUGCAUUUUCAUUCACUAGAGGAAAGUUCCAGGUAGAGGAAAUUUACAACUUCUCUCAAGAUGAUCUGUUGACAGAGGAUAUCUUGAUACUUGACACUCAAGCUGAAGUGUUUAUAUGGAUUGGUCAAUCUGUUGACCCUAAAGAAAAGCAAAAUGCUUGGGAAAUUGGUCAGAAAUAUGUGGAGAUGGCUACAUCUCUAGAGGGAUUGUCUCCUAAUGUGCCGUUAUAUAAAGUCUCUGAAGGAAAUGAACCAUGCUUCUUCACGACAUACUUUUCGUGGGAUUAUACUAAGGCUGUUGUUCAAGGGAACUCAUUCCAAAAAAAGGUGACUUUACUCUUUGGCAUUGGACAUAUUGUGGAGGAAAAGUCGAAUGGGAACCAAGGAGGUGGACCAACACAGAGAGCUUCAGCUUUAGCUGCAUUAUCGUCUGCCUUUAAUCCAUCUGCAGAUAAAUCCACCCACUUGAGUCCGGAUAAGUCUAAUGGAUCUAGUCAGGGAAGUGGUCCUAGGCAAAGAGCUGAGGCUCUAGCUGCCUUGACCUCUGCUUUUAAGUCAUCAUCUCCGAAGACAAGUAUUGCAUCAAGAGUAUCGGGCAGAGGGAAGGGCUCACAAAGGGCAGCAGCAGUGGCUGCUCUUUCAUCUGUUCUGACUGCUGAAAAGCAAAAGGCUAACGAUUCCUCUCCUCCAUCUAACAGCAGUCCCCCACCAGAGAGUAACGCUCCAGCUGAAGAAAAGAAUGAUGAUGUCUUCCAACAAACAGAGAGUCCUGAAGAAGUCUUGGGUCUUAAGGAGCCAGAGGAAACCACUCCUUUAUCGAAGAACAAUCACGACGAUACAGAUGUAAAUCAAGAAAGCCUGCAGGAGGAGAAUGGUAAUGAUAGCAAUCUGUCUGUUUUUAGUUAUGAUCGACUGAAGGCCAAAUCUGAUAAUCCAGUGACUGGAAUUGAUUUAAAAAAGAGAGAGGCCUAUCUCUCAGAUGAAGAGUUCCAAACUGUAUUUGGAACAACAAAAGAAGCAUUCUACAAGUUGCCAAAAUGGAAGCAAGACAUGCAGAAAAAGAAAGCCGAUUUGUUCUAGCGAACGAACUGUGAUUGGAAGAGAACAUUACUGCUCCAAGGUUCAAAUCUACAUUUCCUCAUCUAUUUUGUUUGACUUUCCCAUAAAAGAAACUGCGGUUCUACUUGUGUAUCUUGGUCGGGUCCGAAAUCUGUUGGCAUUUUGAUAUUUGCCAGUGAUGAACAUAGUCCAUAGUUAUUGUCAUUCAAUUGUGCUGCUGCCUGAAGAGUGAUUUCUUUUUCUUUUUCAUUCUAUAUUUAUCUCUUUGGUCAUUGUUGCUGGUAUGUAAUGUUCAGAGGUUGUAGUUUACAGAACCAGGCAGCCAAUUCUUUCAUUUGGUCCUUUAGUAGUUUAUUUGCGAGUUUCGCCCUACUGUCGUCGUUUUCAUUUGCUAGUCGGCUGCGGGUUGUAUAUUAAUACGAUUAUGUUGUAUGCGUUCUAUUUUAUACAAGGAAUGACAUAUUUUUGUUGAUUGAUAUAUAUAUCAA